UAGAAAAGAGAGUCGAUGCCGGCAGCAGUUAUGAGUCCUGGGAGGCACUGGCUGCUUAGAGGUUCUGAGGAGAGGCGGCUGCUGGUGGCCUUUUUGCAGAUAUAUUGCUGUCACUGAACACUGGCCUAUUUGAAAGCACUAAGGAAGCUCCGCUGUCAGGAUGUCCAAGUACAAACUGAUUAUGUUAAGGCACGGAGAGGGUGCUUGGAAUAAAGAGAAUCGUUUCUGUAGCUGGGUGGAUCAGAAACUCAACAAUGAUGGAUUGGAGGAAGCUCGGAACUGUGGGAAGCAACUCAAAGCGCUGAACUUCGAGUUUGAUCUUGUAUUCACAUCCAUCCUUAAUCGCUCCAUCCACACAGCCUGGCUGAUCCUGGAAGAGCUGGGGCAGGAGUGGGUUCCUGUAGAAAGCUCCUGGCGUCUAAAUGAGCGUCACUACGGAGCCCUGAUCGGUCUCAACAGGGAGCAGAUGGCUUUGAAUCACGGCGAGGAACAAGUGAGGCUGUGGAGAAGAAGCUAUAACGUGACCCCGCCGCCCAUUGACGAGACCCAUCCUUACUACCACGAGAUCUACAACGACCGGAGGUAUAAAGUGUGCGAUGUGCCUGUGGAUCGACUGCCCCGAGCCGAAAGCUUAAAGGAUGUGCUGGAGAGACUCCUUCCCUAUUGGAAUGAAAGGAUUGCUCCUGAAGUGUUAAGUGGUAAAACCAUUCUGAUAUCUGCACAUGGGAAUAGCAGCAGGGCACUCCUGAAACAUCUGGAAGGUAUCUCAGAUGAAGACAUUAUCAACAUUACUCUUCCUACUGGAGUCCCCAUUCUCCUGGAACUGGACGCAAACCUGCAUGCUGUUGGGCCUCACCAGUUCCUGGGUGACCAAGAAGCUAUCCAGGCAGCCAUUAAGAAAGUAGACGAUCAAGGAAAAGUAAAACGAGCUGACAAAUAAAGUCUUUCCCAAGUGCGGGCUCCGAAUAGCUGCAGAAGGAGUAGCAUGCAGUGUGUUAUGGGUGCUGAUCUCUUUUUUUUUUCCCCCUCUGAUUUUUCCUGAUUUUUUCAGAUCUAAGCUGUGGGCUAGAGUUUGUAUAGGUAACUAGGUAACUUAUGUGGCCCAGAUAUAGGGUUUAGGAUGCCUGAGUGCUUAUGUCAUAAGCCUUAUGCAUUAGCUCCUGCUGGCCCCGUUUGAAUUAGUCACUAAGUAGUAACCAGUGGGGCUUAAUCAGUGUCAUAAGUUUCUGAGACGGGAGAGCAGCAAGUGGAGGUAAAGUUUAAGGUAUUCCUCAUUCAGUAAAUCAGUAUUGAGUCACCAUGGACAGGCACUACGUACUCCAAUAAGUAGAUUACUUUUACUUGUACUGAGACUUUCUGGGAUGAUAGUAAGAAGAUAUUAAAUAAUAUGCUAUACUGAAGUAUUUAUUACUAGUCUUUUCCUCUAGGAAAAGGGAUGCUUUGACAGUUAAGACCAGAGGCCCAUUAAAUGGGAAAGUCAUAGAUGGAUUCCUCCAAGACAGCCAACAACAAACAACAAGGCCCUUUGCCUUGUCUCUAGUCUGGAAACAUCCUGUUUGACUUUUGGUGGAAUUCCUUUUUGGCUGCUAGAAGCAGCAGCAUAUAGACAGCUAUAGCUGCUUGUGUUCUCUCUCUCUCUCUUUUUUUUAACUUUGAUCCUCAGGUACUUAAAAUUGGUUUAAAAAUAAGGAAUGUGACUGAAAGUGAUACCCCCAAGUGUUUUCGUAUGUUUCAUAAAUAUUAGAUGAAGGCUCCUGAACUAACCUCUGCUCUUCCUGUAGCACAAACAGUUGUGCUUAUUUCAACACACAGAUACUCUUAAUUCUCUAUAAAUUGAAGGGUCAGGUCAGGGGGAAGGUAGGAUAUAGUGAGUGUAAUGUUUUUCACUUGUCACAUACAUUUGUUCUUUAUCUGCUGGAGAUAUAACAUUAUGGUUUGUAGACUGGAGUAUUCAGGGUAGGCCACAGACAGAAUUGGCUGCUUAUCAAUCUUAAUGAUGCAGAAUGUUUUUAGAUAUGUAAGUCAUCCUUCCUUUAAGCUCUCACCUUAUUUCAAAGCAAGUAAAAUAUAUUUCAAUGAUAAAGUCAUGUAAACAAUUUACAACUGUAAUAGCUGUUAAGAGAUGUCACCAAUUUUUCACGGUUUUCCAUUGGUGGAUUAGUUUAUUUGUAUCCAUUUUAUAGUCAAACUGGCAUUAGAAGGAAACUAAUUCUUAAACGCUUGCUACUGCUUGGUCUCCACUGAUCCUUAAAUCAAGACCUAGAGCAUCUGCUGAUGAAGAUGGCUGAAAAGAAGAGAUGAACCUGGUUUGCUCACAGCCACCCACGUCUGUGAUGCAUAAGGACGUGGAGUGGGGAUGCUUUACAUUUCUGACUGACUUCUGGUUUCUCCACGGCAGUUCUUCUUUUCACAGUCCUGCUGCCUAACCAAAUAACGCUCUUUAGAAUUCAGAGAUCAAGACCAAGAAUGCAACUUCCAGAUCUUCCUAGAAUUCCAAACCUAUGGCUAAGUUGCAACUCAGACCAUUUUUGGACAGCUUCCUCUCUGGAAUUGGCCUCUGAAUUUUCCAGCCCAAGUGGUGAUCAUGUCUUAACGCAGCUCAAGAUCCUAGAGUUGGAUCCUUCCCUUGUCCUGCAUCUAGACGUCCACCGCCAGAGGACCCCCGGCAGCAUGAUGUGCUUCUGCGCACAAAGCUGUGCUCACACCCAGUCACCUUGGAAUCUCACAGGCUUCCUAAGAUAGGGAUAAUUUUUGCUGACACUUUCUGGUACAAUUUGGUUUCAUUGUUUUUUGAGAUCUUGGCUGAAAUAAAUGAAGAGCUAUUUAUGAAAA